GCCCCCGCGGGAGGAGCGGCGCGAUGGCGGCGGGGCGGCGGCGCUGAGGAUGAUAUCGCGAUACGCGCGGAAACCGGUGCAGGCACAAGGACUCCCAAAACAUGCCUUGAAGCAUCACCCACUGCCAGAGCCACGGGCUCAGGUGUGCUCAGCCACACCCAGGGCUGAAAAGCUCGGCCAGACCUCCAGGGAGUUGGGAAUCCAUAAGGAAUCGGUUGAUGAUGGGGAUCCACGGACUGCUAGUCAAGGUUGUGCUGACACCUCCACAGAAGACAGCUCAGUCUUCUCUUGGGGCUAUGAUGAAUUUGACAGAGCUGCCACACAACAAGUUCAGCAGAUGUUCAGACAAAUUGAUGAGCUUCUGUAUGAGCAGAAAGAAAACGUUCAUGUUGAGGGACUGCGGGAAGAAUGCCACCAGUGGUCCUCCAGCUUUCCUCAUCUCAGGGUGGUGGGAAAGCAGGUGGUGGUCCCCACAGAUGAAGGGUACGGAUGGUACUCGAGUUGCCCCUCGGGCAGUUUGGCUCCCUCAGAUGUAAGCUCACCACAGGAAAAGGAUUAUGAUGAAUUUAGUGUUUUGGGCAAGAAGCUGCCUCUUUUUGUUGCUCCUGCUCACAAAAAGGCUGACCCUUCCGAUGCUCCUGCUCACAAAAAGGCUGACCCUUCCGAGCUUCCAACCUUGUGUUCCUCAGAGAGAGAUGAAGGGGAAGAGGAAGUCAUUCUCUCUGAAGGCAUAGUGGAGGAAUACUUGGCAUUUGACCACAGAGAUGUGGAGGAGGAGUUGCACAAGAGGAAAAUGGGACUAUCCUCUGGCAGACGGAAAUUGGGGUUUCCUCCUGUCUCUCCCUAUUCCUGCGUGAAGGAUUGCAUGCUUACUUUUGUGUUUGAUGAUGUGUGGAGUGAAGUCCUAGUCUGCAUGGAAGAAUUGAUCUGCAGGCACUGGGAAGGGUCAGCCUCUGAUGAUGAGAAAAAUAUCAUAACAGUAGAAGCACUCCGAGCAGAUGCCAGAAGCCCUUUGCAGCUGGAUCCUCUGCCAGCAUUGUUACCUCAGGUGCCACACAAGAAGAUGCCCUCAGUGACAUCAAAUGUGUGCCCAAAACCCAGAGGUGGCCGCAAAAGCAAAAAGAGGAGAAAAACCCCUCAAGCAAGUCUCUCUCAAGGGUCAAGUGGUGGUUCUCAGCGUAACCUGAAUGGCUUGAUGGUGAUCCAUGGGAUUCAGUUACACCAAAGGAACCUGCCUCUAGUGGAGAAAACACUGGACCUGGAUGACAAACGGCCAGGCUCAAGUUCCCUCCUCUCUACCUGGAACUGGCCAAAUCAUCCCCUGGAGCUCAGCACCUUGUCCCUGUCCCGCUGCACGAGGAGGAACCCCCCACCACGCACCCUGCAUCCCAUCGGGACCCCGCACUCCGGGGAUGACGUCUGCAGGCGCCUCCUGACUGCACAGGAGCAGCUGACCUCACCCUCCCCACUGCUGCUAAACAGAAAUCACCCCCUGCCACCUAUUGCCACCACCACUGUGGCAGAGCGUCGGAGCACCACAGGACCCCAUAGGCAAACGAAACCUUGGGAGAACUUGAGCCAUGCUCACAGUGUCACAACACAAGAAGACACUCACCAGCAGCUCCAGGAGCAGCUGCUCUUACCUGAUCCCCUCUCCAGGCCUAACACAACCAGCAGAUCCUCGCCCCAUCCCCAGCGCCGCUGUUGUUGCACUGUUAUUGAUUGUAGUAAUCAAUCCUGGACAAGGAGAGGAUCCGGAAGUUCAGGUCUUCCACCACGUGGUUCUGUGAAAGCCCGUGGCCGAAGCGGAUCAGGCACAAAGAGCAAACAGAGGCACUGACGUGCCAUGGAGAAGCAUCCAUCUAUCCAUCCCUCUCCAGAAAGUCAUGAACCACCUCUCCUUCCCAGCAAGGUCAAUGUUGUUUACACAGUUUUCAAACACCCUUCCUUACAGAUAGUUAUUUUUAUAUAUAUCUAAGCAGCAGCCGCCAAAGAUUAGAAAGGGUGCACUUAAACAUUCCAUUUCCUACCAGUAGAGAAAGUGAUGUUCCAGUAGAAGGGUGGAUACACUCCAGUGAAGCCCAGCUCCUAGGAAACCCAGCAAACACUCUCAGUCUGUGCUGUUUUCCAUGAGGCUGGUGACAGUUUCAUGUCCUUACAGGCAGGUACUGCUCAUUUUUCUCUUAGGAAGGUUAACCAUAUUUUUAAAAGUGCAUUUAUAUGUUUAAAGCAAUAUUGUACUGGCAAAAGCAAGCACUCAGCUUGGGCAAGUGAUGAAUGCUGUGGUAGCUGCAGCAGGUGUGAACAACGGGGUGUAGAACCAAGGCAGCUGAGCAGGUGACCUGGCAGGUUCAAGGGCAGCACACCACUGCCUCUUCCUGAGUUAUAAUAAAACCUUUUACCUCUUCCUCAGUGACUGAAGAAGGUUGAACAGGCAAAAAGAAACUUCUUACUACAAGUAGCUUCAGACAGUACUCAAAGUAGUAUCUUCCUGGUGGGACAUUUUAUGGUAAUUUCAGAAUACAGAAUAGCUCAGUGUCCCUUUCUAAAAAUACUUAUAAUUACACAAGAUUUCUUCACUCCAAGGUAGAGUUCCAGAAGCCACUGAUGCAAUGGAGCUUUUAGGAGCUGUUUCUGCUCAGUGUGACAGACCUAACAGGCAUUUGCUGCAGUUGGCCUUGUGGCUCCAGAUAAGACAAAUAAAACCAUGAAGUACAGGCUUCUCAAAAUAAGUGAUUAGUUGAAGGUCUUACUCCCAAACAGUAAGUGCCAGAUUGAAACGUAAAAACAAGCUGAGGUGACCACUGGCUGUAUUUAAACAAAGUUAGGACACUCCACAAAAACAGUUGUUCCUUUCUAGACCAAGUAAAGAGCACUGUUUUCCUAUAUUUUGUUGUUAUUCUUCAAAUUACAGUUCACAAUAGAAAAAAACUUGUUAGUAUUCUUUGUGAAGUGGCUCCCCUAUUUACCCACUCCAGACCAGCUAAGAAUUUUUCAUCAAUACUGAAGCGCAAAAGUCCAGUUUAUCCAAGCAUGUUUUAAUCAAAAACAGGGAACUGUGCAAAUAUAACUGUGCUAACCUGCCUUUGCAUUACCAGAAGUUAAAAAAAAAAAAAAAAGCAGAUCUGAGCUCAAUCUAAACUUCUUAAGUUUUCAGAGAGAGAAGCUGAUGUUCACCAGAGACUCCUCCUCACUAAACCAUUUCAAAAUACAAUUUUUCUUCUGGAACACUGUGCAGUGUGUCAGUUAUGUCAGGCAAAAUGUAGAUUAGCAUCCCAUUUGUACCUGUGCCAUUCCUCAGGAACGAAAUGAGUUUUCGGUAGCACAAGAGUUACAAAAGCAGACAAAUAAACUUGAAUAGACUUCUGUUAACAUAAUGUAGUGCUUUACAGCCUAGAGGAGUCAGUGGGUUUAAAAAAGGCAGUCGCCUCCUAAGGCCAUUUUUGGUUUUUUGUACAGACGGCUGACACCAGGGACUGCUCCUGGACUGAUACUUACUUUGUGUAAUAAAAGUAAUUUUCAAGCCCCAUGUUAUAAAACACAGUGAUAUGGUCUGCUUUCUCAGAAUCAGGGUUAUUUUUGAGAGGAGACAAUUAAAAGGGAACAGAGAGACUAUCUACCUCUAGCUUCCCCCCAGGAGCUGUUGUUGAAGCUGUGAGGGCCUUCAACUCCCAAAGUGUUCACCUUGAGACUCCUACACCUUUGAAAAAUGAUCCUCCCUGGAAGUGUGCAGGAUUUACUUGACUGAAAUCAGAAGAAUCAACACAAUUGGCUUGUUUUAAAUAGCUUAUUUAGAAAACGUACAGAGAACUGGGGAAGCUAAACUCUGGGAAAAAAACCACCUUUGUGUUUAUUAAAUCUGCAAUUUUCCAAACUAUAAAACUACUGGAAUAUCUAAAAAAGACCUGUUGAGCUGAUGUGCAAAGACCUUUAAAAAUAGCAGGAGAUUUGUUACAGAAGAAAUGUGUGAAUAGCACACAUGAAUCUCAUCUGUAGAGCACCCAAAGGGUUGGAGACAGUAGCACAGGAAUGCCUUGUCUUCCUUGUUCAGCAUGCAUUCCGUGUCAUGCCUCCCACUUACAGCCAGUCAGUGCACACAGUCCAGAACAGGAGCCCGGAAAACACCCAAAAUUCUCCCAAAUCCAUGGUUCCAUACAAAGUGAAACCUGGUAUUUCAGUCUACGCUGUUCCUUCUGCCUUUCUUUUCUUGGCUGAGGUCUUCUUUCCUCCCUUCUUAGCACCGUUCCCGUACUUUGCUUCCAGCUGGGCGAAAAAGUUAUCCAUUUGCUUUUCUCGAUCUCUGCUUCGGCUCUGGAGAGGGGGAAAAGAACACCAACCAAACUGAAACCUUUCAUAACUUCCCAAUUCAGGUUAUCCUAUUGAAGUCUGAUAGCUACACAAAAUGUUAAACUAUAUUAAACAGCGAGUACAAGCUACAGAAAGUGUAGUACCAUCAUUAAAACUGCCUAAACCAAGAAGUUAUUGCGUAAGUACUCCCAGUAUUUAACUCCUGUAAAUUUUUGAAAAGACACAGGUAAUAAAAUCCAUACUGUACUCAGAUUCUAAUUAAAUUAAAGCACAUAGUUAACAGUGAGGCCAGGUUUUAACCUCAGGAAUUCAGAAGAGUUGCAAGGAUCCAAAAUCAAAGAUGCUCAGGGAAAACACAAUUGCCAGUAACAAAGUUAUCUGCAACAAACAGAAGAGGCCUUACUUUUAUCAGCGCUUGCAAGUCAUUUUCUCCACCAAGGCCCAGUUCAUCUUUAGUCUUUUUUGCCUCUUUUGCUUCUUUUUCUGCCUAAAAGAGCAAACAAGGUUUUUAAAAGAAGUAUUUUGCAUGUUAUCUAACCAAGUAUUACAGGAGUUACCAAAUGCUUUUUUGGGCAUCAGUGUACAAAUAGCUGCAGGAAAGUGCAAGGCUUUCCAAGUUUGGCCAGAGAUAAGCAAUCAGGCAAGGGAAGCCCAUUCUUGUUCCACCAUUUGGCAAAGCGGGAAGUUUUUCUGCUCUUUUACAAUGCUGAAUGUGAUGUUUGUCCCUGUCCCUGUUCCCACACCCUUUUUUUAUUUUUUUGGCUUGGUAGAUAUUACAUUAACUUAAAGGUUACUGUGAUGUCCGUAUAACAUUUCACAGUGUCCAAAAGUUCACAAGAGUCCAUUUAGGCCAGAGAAGUUUCACACCUGUCAGAACUCAAACAAAAUGUAUUUUGAUCAGUUGUUUUUGUUAACUCCAGCAACUCACAGCUUUGUAGAUAAAUGCAGGGACACGCUAAACUGUAAUAUGCUGUUGUGUAUAAUAAGGAAAUAAAGAAGUAGAAAAGCC